UUUAUCAUUCGAGUUUGAGAGCAAAGGCCAUCCUCCCCACGAAGUCCCGAUCGAAACUUGUGCCAAACCGAUUCCCACCAAACUAAGAUGUUGGCCAGAUCCACCAAGCCCAGUACACAAUCAUUGUCCAUCAUGUACCGAAGCAAAUCGCACCGGAGGUGGAGCAGUCGGACCGCCGUAGUCUCAAUUAAACUGGUAAAAAUAGCACUGCGCUAGGUGGCCAUACCAGCCACGAAUUUGACAUUGCACACGAGGACGAAAAUCACGUCCACGGGAACCAGAGGCGGAACGUCCACGCACAUCACGCAAAUUAGACUCUAUUACCGCUGUAGUCGAAAAAGAUUCAACCAGGUGGGCAUGCAUCGACGCAUCAAGCAUUGCCCGCAACUGACGACUUUCAAAUUCCAUCAAAACAUCCACAAGUUUCUGGAAAGAAAGAGGCUCCAACGAGAACGAUGCCAAUGUUAGUACCGUGUCAAAGUCCGAUGAAAGGCCAGCCAGAACAACCUCCACCUUUUCAGCCUCGAAAAUAGUAGAUCCGGACAAAUAUUCUGGAUUUUGGCGAUGUACUCCCUUACUGGUAACUCCCCUUUCUUGAUUGACAGCAGGUCAUGUUUGAUUCUCGAUAUCUUAGCACCAGAGAAGGCGGCGAAAAGCCGAUUUGCAGUGCGCCAGACGUCACAUGCUGUUUUAGCAGUUGUAAAACAAAUAACAAAGACUGACUAAUUGUAGAGAGUAACCAAGAGGCGAGUAACUUAUCUUUUUGAGUGAACAGAGAAGCUUCAAGGUUCGAAGUCAGAGCUCCAUCUGAAGACGCCACAAAUCGAGGCGGAGUAGGUAACGUGCCUUCUAAAAAACCUUGCAACUCAUAUCCUUCUGUGAUUAAUCUAACAUGUUGCUGCCAUUGCACAAAACUCCCUUCAUCUAAUUUCACUGUGUCGUGACGAGGGAAAGACUGAAUCAAACGCGAGCUGGUCAAAGACGGACUAGACCGAUCAACAGACGUGGAAUCGGUUGAAUUAGCCAUGGCUCGGUAGCGAAAACAGACACAAGAGGUUAGGCGACUAAUACCAUAUGAUGAUGGAUAGUUACUAGCUAGAUAGUUUUCUUUCCCAUUGUUUCUUGCGGCAAAAAAUUGGAAAUGACAAUCAAACAGAGGCAAUAUUGUCGUGAUGUUUCCCAACAAAAGCAGAUUGUGGUGUCUGAAUGUCGGAAAGAAAGGAUAAGUGAAGAAAUGAGCCUUAAGUUUGAAGGAAAAUUAACUGAGGGAAGCAAUAACCAGUUGUUGAUUCUUGCAAACUUUGCUGAACUAAUAUCUGAAUCUGAGUACAUCUUACCUACAGCACAAGAAAAUCCUCAAAAUGAUGAAGAUUCUACUAUGGAGGCUCCACAUUUGCAAGAAAACGCUGACGAUGUUAUGGCUAAGAAUAGUGAUAAGAAUUGGGGUGAAGCUGAUGAAAUGCCCCCAAUUUCUCAUGAUAGAAACGAAAGGGAUGGACCUCAUGGUGAAGGGACAGUGCCGCGGUUAAGUCAUAUUAGACGUCAAGCCCGUCUUAAAAUCCAGUCAUUCAUGAAACAGAGCAUCCAAGAGGAUAGUUAUAGGACCUUGCAGGGAAGUAAAAUGCGCCUGACUCAAAUUCGUCGUCAAGCUCGGUCUGGAAACCAUGUACCUCAGCUAAACAUUAGUGCAGUAUGUUCACAUGGCAAGUUGCUAGGAGGGAUAACACGGUUGAGUCAGAUACGGCGUCAAGCUCGGUCUAAAAACAAUUGCUCACGACUAGAAGGAACUGGAGAGCCUACGCAUGUGCAAUUGGAUUGCCAAUUUCAUGAAGUAGAUGCUGAUAAUGUGGACAAGAUGAUGCUUGAGGAAGGACAGCUACGCUUAAGUCAAUUAAGACGCAAAGUUCGUUCAGGCAAUGUAGAUUUGGUUGCACCGACAGAUGUGGGGAAUACUAACUAAUAUACAAGUUCAGCUCUGAUAUUUUGGCUAUGAAACUAGAGUAUUCUUAAAAUUUUCAGUUUGAUUUCGAUGAUGGAGCAAACAGCGAAAUUUUGACCCCCUAAGUUGCAUUACUUGUAAAGAAAGGAGCCAUUGCCUUGCUUUUGAAGUUUGAUGUUUGAAGUUAGAAUAUCAACAGGUGUGAAGCUCCAUUCCUAGGCCAUCCUAUGUUCAUUCAAUCACAAUGACCUGU